AUGCCGUCCAACACAUACUCCGAGCGAAACGAUGCAGCUGGUAGCUCAUCCAAAACAUCGCUCUUAUGGGCCUACCAACUACGCCGCGAACAUGUCCACCUUGUAGAUCGCAUCGAUGACAUGAACAAUCAACUGCUCUCUUGUAGCGAUAAAUCACAGGCCUGCGGGCAGCAUCUGUCCAAUCUUGAGAGUCUCGUCAAGUCUCUUCAAGCAGAAAACUACACGCUGAAGAAUGAGGUGACUUUAGUGCGCACGAAGCUGACUGCGAGGAUUGAGGAUAUCAAUCAGCAGAUCGCUUCAUUCCUGGGCAGUGACAAUGCAGUGAAAGAUGUGACCAAGCAGCUGGAGCUUGAGUUUAGGGGCAUGGGACUUCAGCUCGCUGAAUUAUCGGAGAGUGUAUCUGAGCUUAGGGGAGAGAUUACGAAUAUCGCGAAGCGGAAGCAGCCUGAGCGUACUCAGCAUGUGCAUGUCGAAUCGACACAGGAUAAUACAGGUCUGGCAAAGGUCGAGUCAGGAACAGAGGUGACCGUGGCACGACCGAAAUGUGUUGUUAGACUGUUCUAUGGGAAGAAGAAGCCAACCCAAUUGAUCCCUGAGCCGGUGGCCAGUACCGCGAAUCUUUCAGAGAGUAUGGUAGACCUAGAUGCCCUCUCUACCUUGACUGAUUCAAUAAUCCCCGACUCCAUGCCUCCCCCAAAUCCAGUACCCCGACAAUACGACUUCAUCUUCUGUCAGAUCCAUCAAAACGGCCGAACAAUCAAUGACUAUUUCGCGUUCGUCUCUCAGCUCCGCUCACAGCUUCCUCGACGCAAGCAAGAAGGCCACAUAGUCGAAGCGUUCUUCGAUGGUAUCGCCGAAGAUUCCGAAGACGGCCAUGCUUUUAAGGCAUCGUUGAAAGAUUAUCUUGAUAAAGUCGGCUGGGUAUGGAGCCAUCUCGAGUUGUUCUUUAAGCCUUGUGCUUUGCGGAAUAAGAAGCGAGCCUUAUAUAAUACUAGGGCAAGGUUGAGGGCGAAUGCUCUGGCUGCGAAACAGAAGGCGCAGUUGGAAGAGAAUAGUGAUUUGCAGGGGUGAAGUCAAUCACCGCUAAUGUUCACUGGAAGUGGAAAUAAGCAUGUCGCGGCGCGGAUCUAUGAGUUAGCUAUGUGUAUGAAGCAACCUUAAGAGAUCUCAUUUGAUGUAUUGUAUGAACAUGAUAUCUCGCACGAAAAUCUAUUUACCUUAGCCAUUCCACUAAAGACCAUCACGUUUCCUUAAACUCAUAUCUCCCUUCCACCCUAUCUCUAACCUCCACCUCAAUCCUCUCAAUCUGCUUCCCAUCAACUUCAAUUUCCGCCCUCAUCACCUCCCCAUCCUUAACCUGUCCCACCCCCUUGGGCGUACCCGUCAAUACCAAAUCUCCAGGCUCAAGAGUCAUAACCCUGGAAAUAUCAGCCAACUGUCUCGGGAUCCUGUAAAGCAUCAAAUUCGUCGAAUCUGCCUGUCGCACUUGAUCGCCGACACUAAGCCUCAGAAACGCGUUGUGGGGGUCCGGAAUCACAGAUUUCGGGAUCAGGUUUG